AUGCAGGUAGAGGCAAUGAAAUGGUUGGAAAUGAGGCUGAACUCUGAAAGUCGCACUGGUUUUUUCGUCAUCACUGGCACUCCCGGCAUUGGCAAGUCGAUUUUCCUUGCUUACAUGGCUGGGUUCUUGGCAGAGAAGAACUAUGACAUUGUGAUCCAAAGAGGUCAGGAAUGGUGGUCAAGAACCGGUGGUGAGAUCGCUGCGCAUGGUGAAGAAAAACCUUUGAAUUUUCUCAAGCGGGCAGAGACAGUGCUGUUGUUUGACCCUAUUGGGGGUGAGAACAAGACUGCUCUACAGAACCGAGACAGGGGAUGCACUAUGAUUUUUCACAUCGCCAAGCAGGUCAAGCUACCAUUCUGCAUACAAUCAGCAACAGGGGCAUAG